UGCGCCGCACGUACCGCCAGCACGGGCACUUCUCCUUUCCUAGACGGGCAAUAGGCCAUUUGACCCACCCACUCCCCCUUUCCCAAACGCGACUCUUCCUCCUCCUCGCCAUAGGACUCUAGGAGGCAGAGGAAUGGACUUGGUGGCCGGCGAUCCAUAGAUUCCCGUCGACAGCAACCAUCGGAUCGGACCGGUCAGGGCAGCCUGACGCACGCAGGACACCUCGUGAUCCAGCAGCUAUAGCUAGCUAGAGGCGUCGCGCUGGAGGAGCGAGCGAGCUAUUCCAGAGAUCUCUCUCUCCUCUCCCCCCUCUUCUAUAAGUACGUCAGCUCGUCGUGGUGCAGCAGCAACAACGACGGAAGCAGCAAAACCACACACACACGCAGCUAGAGCUAAUAGAGCCGGCCGCCUUCAUCAACAUAUCGCCACUUGCGCCGGCGGCCGGCGGAGAAGGGCGCCAGUGGUGACAGGAGGAAGAAGAUGGUGGGGAGCGGCAUGCAUGCCCAGCGCGGGGACCCGCUGGUGGUGGGGCGCGUGAUCGGCGACGUGGUGGACCCGUUCGUGCGGCGGGUGGCGCUGCGGGUCGGCUACGCGUCCAGGGACGUGGCCAACGGCUGCGAGCUGAGGCCGUCCGCCAUCGCCGACCCGCCGCGCGUCGAGGUCGGCGGCCCGGACAUGCGCACCUUCUACACGCUGGUGAUGGUGGAUCCGGAUGCUCCAAGUCCCAGCGAUCCCAGCCUUAGGGAGUACUUGCACUGGCUGGUCACCGACAUCCCGGCGACGACAGGAGUGUCUUUUGGGACCGAGGUGGUGUGCUACGAGGGCCCGCGGCCGGUGCUCGGGAUCCACCGGCUGGUGUUCCUGCUCUUCCAGCAGCUGGGCCGCCAGACGGUGUACGCCCCGGGGUGGCGGCAGAACUUCAGCACCCGCGACUUCGCCGAGCUCUACAACCUCGGCCUGCCCGUCGCCGCCGUCUACUUCAACUGCCAGAGGGAGACCGGAACCGGCGGGAGAAGGAUGUGAUGAUCAACUCCUUGUAUAAUACCAGUACUUAAGUAUAAGUGACGACACAAGAUGAUGAUGAUGAUGAGGUCGUAUGGGUGGUGGUUUAUACAGGGCGAAAUGGAGAAAGAAUUGUAAUGUUGAAGAAAUAAUAACUAUGCGUGCGACUUUUUUGAUCCGA